AUGAGUGUGGCAGCUCGCCCAGCAGCCAGGAGGCUCGCCUCCUCGGUUGGCUUCCUCUCGACGACAGCCCCGACGACAACCACUUCCACAACCUCGUCCUCGUCCUCUCGAAUACCACCACAAUCCCGCCCCUUCUCCUCCACCCCCGCCACCCAAGCCCGCAAGCACCGCUUCCGCAGCAUCACCGCCCACGAAAUGGGCCUCAUCAAAAAGAACCCCGCCGCCGUCCCAGACGAGGAAAUAGAAAAGCUCCGCGCCAAGUCCCGAUUCCGCCCCCUCACCUCCCGCGACCUGGGCGUGCCCGAAAAACGCGACCCCCUGGCCUCCCAGGAGAGCCUCGACGAGUUCACGGCGGAAACCUUCACAAAGUACACCCCCGCCGAAAAAGCCGAGCUCGCCAGGAUGUACACCCCCGAGCAAAUCGCCGCCCUCGAGGCCGGUGAAGCGACCAUCAACCCGAGGGAUCUCACCAUUCAGGGGAGGCUGAGAACCGACAUCUACCGCAUGCCGUAUAUUGACGACUUUGCCGAGCACCAGCCCAUUAUCGACAAGCGCCCCCCCGCCUCCCGCAGCAGGAAGAUCUCCCCCCCCGACCCGAACGCGAGGUUCAUGAACACGGAUGAGUUCGUUAGUGAUUUGAUCCAGUGGGCGGACAAGUUUCGUGUUGGGGAGCCGACGGGGACGUUGAAGAGACUGGAGGACUUUGUUCCGGAGGAGUGGAAAAAGGUCAAGGAGGGACAGUGGCCUGGGGAGGUGAGGGAUGAUGCUCACAAGGAGUUUAAAAAGUAUCUGCAGGAGGAGAUCAACAAGGCGGCCAAGCAGCAGGAGAAUGGGGGGGUUGUGAGCGGCGGGCCGACGGAUGCGGAUGUGCUGAGUUAUAUCAUUGAGCGGUCGGUCAUGACGGACAAGAAUAUCCAGACUCAAAGCUCGCUCGCGCUGGCGUUGCCGGAUAAGGUGCCUGGUGUGGCGGGGUUGUACAAGGCGGCGGUUGACCCGGCGGAUGAGGGGUUGGACGAGACGGGUAUCUACCAGGAUUUGAAGAGGAGGAGCGGGAUGAGCGUGCAGGAGAUUCUGGCGCUGCAGUGCAAGACGUUGGUGGUGAAUUAUGUGAGCAACCAGACGAGGAUGGGCAAGAUUCAGAGCACGGUCACGAUUGUGGUUGCGGGCAACGGGGACGGGUGGGUGGGGUUGGGGUAUGCGAAGAGCCAGGAGCCGAUGGUGGCGGCCACGAAGGCGAGGUUGGACGCCAUCAGCAAGAUGAGGCCGGUGAGGAGGUAUGAGAAUAGGACGAUUUUUGGGAACGUGGAGGCCAAGGUUUCGGGGACGGUGGUGAAGUUGUUUGCUAGGCCGCCUGGGUUCGGUCUGAGAGUCCAGCACCGCAUUUUCGAAAUCUGCCGCGCGGCGGGUAUUUAUGAUCUGUCGGCUCGCGUCCCCCGGUCUCGCAACCCGAUGAACACGGUCAAGGCCACGUUUGAGGCGCUGUUUAACCAAAAGGACCCCGAGGAGAUCGCCAUGGGACGGGGGAGGAAGCUGGUGGAUGUGAGAAAGGUGUAUUAUGGCGGUGCUACUCAGUAA